AAUUUUUUUUUGAUAAGUAUUGAAAAAAGGUAAUUCAUUAAAAUUGAAUUUUGCUGUGUUAGUAGACUAGAUUAUAUUUAAAACUAGAGAACAAUGUCUGGAUUUGACGAGAAUCCCUUCGGAGAGCCUGUAUUUAAUGAUCCAUUUAAGGAUCCAAGCAUACAACAAGUGGCAGCAAAGACUGCAAAUAAUAAUCAAAAUCUUGAUGAUUAUGAUCCAUUUUCAUCGUCCACAAAUUUAGCAGUAAGUAACACAUCACAACCAGCAACGCUCCAAACAAAUAAUCAAACAUUGCCUGAGUAUAAAGCUUCGGGUCAACAAUAUCAAGUGAAUGAUAAUAAUGCAAAUGGAAGUGGAGUCACUCAAAUCAGCACAGCUGAACUUCAGAGACGUCAAGAAGAGCUUGAGAGAAAAGCCGCUGAACUGGAACGUAGAGAAGCUGAGCUUUUAAGGAAUAGUAACACAAGUGGAGUGAGAAGAAACAACUGGCCCCCACUUCCCGACAAAUUUUGUGUACAACCUUGCUUCUACCAUGAUAUCAGCAUCGAUAUUCCAUCAGAGUUUCAGAAAAUCGUCCAGAACUUGUAUUAUCUCUGGAUCUUUUAUGCCGCUGUCAUGUGUGUUAAUGUCGUGGGCGGUCUUUUGUUAAUGUUUAAGAAUACAGAUUUUGCAUACUUUUUCCUCGGACUGUUUUAUGCUGUUUUAUUCACUCCUGCGUCAUUUCUUUGUUGGUACCGUCCGGCAUACAAAGCAUUCAAAGAUGAUAGCAGUGCAAAUUUUAUGCUCUUCUUUUUCGUAUUCUUCUUUCAAUUGAUUAUUAUGAUCGUGCAAACGAUAGGUAAAUACUCUAAGACUUCCCGUUGUCGUGCAUGGCUUUUAUUUAUUUAUUGUUUCGUCGACGAAACCUUUAGUGUGAUCAAUUUAAAAUGAUUGAGUGGGUUCUCAUAUUUCCGAAAUAUGAUUCAAUUCAUUCAGGAAGUUCAAAUAUAAUCUUUUUUUUGUUGGAUAGUCAGUGAAUCAAAUGUUGUUUGCAUCGUCCUCAUGUCACAUAGUUAAAUCUUCAGUUUAUUUGGUAAAACAGUUCAAAAAAAAAAGUUGACGUGACAUACGUAAAUUAAUCGUUACGUAAUUUCUUCGAACUUAAAAAAACCGUAAAUUUUAAACAGUAAUUUUUCAAAUGAAUAAUCUUUGACUAGGAUUUCCAAAUGGCGGCACAAUUGGAAUUAUUACUGCAGUUUCUCAAUUCGAUGGAUCGUUUAUUGGGACAAUACUCGGAAUUUUCUGCUUAUCAAUCGCCAUUAGUUUUGGACUGGCUGCGGGAGGAACACUAUUGUUGUUAACAAAGAUUCAUGCAAUAUAUAGAAGUAGUGGAGCGAGUAUGGAUAAAGGUGUACAGGAAUUUCAAAGAGAAUUCUUCAGAAAUCAGACUGUUCAACAAGCCUCAGCAGAUUUAGCUCGUUCAGCGAUGCAAACGGAAUUAGGAAGAAAUCGUUACUGAACCUUUUAAGGUCAUAUUUUAAUAACUUAUUUUAUCCUUCCUACAUAUUAUAUAUCUACAUCAAAAUUUGUUUAAACAAAAGAUUCAUUCGUAAUGUUUUGUUAUUCUACAACUUAAGACUCUUCGUUCCUUAAUAUGGAACAUUCAUUACUUUCAUCUUCUUAUGUCUCACGACUAAUUCCUAUUUGGCAGAUUUAUGACGAUUAAUAUUGGAGAAUUCAUGAUAAUUGUAUGACAUAUUUGCAGAGUCAAAAUAAUAAUAGUAGUAAUAAUAAUUAUAAUUAAUAAGUCAGUCGUCCGAAAUAAAUGUUUAAAAAUUGAAAAGAAUAAAUGUUUACAAGACAUGAUAUAAAGCCCUAACAGCCUUGUCGUGUCUGUCCAUACAAUGAUUUCUUUUUGAAUUAUAGUAAUGUUGAACAUUAAAAGUUACGAGUCAAGUCAUUACUUAAAGAAAUUAUCCUUUUUUGAUAUCAUAUACUUUAUUUUUUGUGAGAGAAAUUUUAUAUGCGUAUAAAAGUAAAAAUAUGUGUUUGGAAACUAAU